AUGUCACUAUCGUUCAUCUACCAGCGCAAAAGGAACUGCCAAAUCUGCGACAACCACAGAGGCAUCUCCCUUCUGAACAUCGCCGGGAAAAUACUUGCUCGCAUCCUUCUCAACCCCCAGAAUAAUCACCUGAAACAAGAAUUCCUGUCGGAAAGCCAGUGCGGCUUCCGCCGUCAUCGCGGAACCACGGAUAUGAUCUUCGUCGCUCGUCAGCUGCAGGAGAAGUGCCAGGAGAUGCGGACCCAUCUGUACUCUACUUUCAUGGACCUGACGAAAGCCUUUGACACGCUGAACCGCGAAGGACUGUGGAAAAUCAUGAAAAAAUUCGGCUGUCUCGAGCGAUUCACUCAGAUGGUGCGUCAGCUCUACGAUGGCAUGCCGACGCGCGUCACGGAACACGGAGUCGUCUCAGAGGUCUUUGCAUUGACCAACGAAGUGAAACAUAGCUGCGUCCUCGCGCCUACCCUCUUCAGUCUCAUGUUCACAGCCAUGCUAAUGGACGCCUACCGUGACGAAGGCCCUGGGAUCCGGGUCGCCUACAGGACGGACGGCCACCUCCCCAAUCAACGGCUGAUGCCCUUCCAGCCGAGUGUAUCAGCAACUUCUGCCCAUGAACUCCUCUUCGCCGACGACUGCUCCCCCAACGCCACCUCGGGAGGGGACAUGCAAAAGAGCAUGGACAUCUUCGCCGCAAUCUGCGACAACCUCGGCCUGGUCAUCAACACGGAGAAGUCAGUGGUUAUGAAUUAA